AUGGCUUCUUGGGUGGAUGUGCCGGAAGGCUGCGACUUUUCCUUGGCGAACCUUCCAUAUGGAAUUUUCAGCCUUAAAAACACCAGCAGCAGCAAGACCAGUGACCUGAGACGCAUCUGCACCGCGAUUGGGAACUGUGUUCUCGACCUCAAGGGCCUUGCCCAGGAGGGACUUCUGGCCAGCCUCGGCUUUGAUGUCACCACGCUGGAGGCCGAGACACUGAACGCAUAUGCCGCUCUCGGACGUGCCGUCCACCGCCGCGUGCGUGAGUUUUUGCAGGACCUCCUCCGGGCUGACACCGUCCUGGGCGAGCAUCUGCGCGACCACGGUGACCGCCGCCAGCGGCUGCUGGUGCCUCUGGCCGACGUAACACUGCACUUGCCCAUGGAUGUGCGCAAUUAUACAGACUUUUUCGUCGGCAUCCACCACGCUCGAGCCUGUGGCCGCAUUUUCCGGCUCAGUUCAACGCUGGCGCCCAACUACGAGCACAUCCCACUGGCGUAUACCGGCCGGGCGAGCUCGGUUGUGGUGUCUGGAACAUCCUUCCACCGUCCCAAUGGGCAGUACCUGGUCGACGGCAAGCCCGUGUUUGGGCCGUCACAACGCGUCGACUUUGAGGUCGAGUUUGGCGCGUUGAUCGCCCAGGGAAACGCGCUCGGCAAGCCUGUCAGCGUACAGGAGGCCGAGGACCAUAUUUUUGGCUUCGUGAUGUUCAACGACUGGUCGUCACGCGAUAUCCAGCGCUGGGAGUCGCAGCCACUGGGACCUCUCAACGGCAAGAAUUUCUGCUCGACCAUAUCGCCAUGGGUGGUCACGCCCGAAGCCCUCGAGCCCUACAAGACGGAACCUGUGCUGAAAAACAACCCAGUCCUGCCUUACCUUGACGAGAACAGUGACAAAACUGUCUACGAUAUUCCCAUUGAUGCUUCAAUUAUCAGCAUGUCUCUCCACCCAGCCCAAGGAGAGCGUUACCACGUGUCCACGUGCAACACGCGCAACGUCAUUUUCUCGUUUACACAGAUGAUCGCCCACCUGACCGUUGGUGGCUGCCCGAUGCAGACAGGCGAUUUGAUCGGCAGCGGCACGCUGUCUGGCAUACCGCUUACGGAGGCGGGCUGUCUGCUCGAAGCCACGGAGGAUGGGCAGAACCCAAUCGUGGCCUAUGCAAUUAAUGACACCGCGGAAAAGGGUCAACCGUCCGGAAAGUCCAUUCAGCGCCUGUAUCUGGAGGAUGGGGACGAGGUGGUCUUCCAUGUCGGUGUGGAUGCACCGCAAAAGGCCGAUGCCAGGGGCAUCUCCGGCAGAGUGGGCUUUGGUGCAUGCAGGGGUACAGUUUUACCGGCGCGGAAAUAA